GGCACUAUCAAUUUAGUCCCUAUCGCAAAUUUGAUAUUGUAGUCGCCAUUUAUUUUCAUCGUCACAACUUAUAUUGCUAAAACUAAACACUUUGACUAAUAUUUAGUUUUGAUCAAGCAUUGUUUAAAUGUGGUCAAUUAUAGAUUUGCACUGCAAAAUGAAGCAUCACCAGAGAAACGUUGACGUUUCUCCAAUUUGUUAGCUAGCGAACUUUUAAACUGCACAAGUGAAGUAAACCAACAACCCAUGUCUAUAAAAUAAAUUGCAUUUGUUCAGAUAAUUUGGUGACAGUACUCGGUAACUGCGAGACUCAAGAUGACCUUUCGAAAAUGUUACCCCAACCUGGCUGUGGUCGCACGUGUCCGAUUUGACCAAGAUCAGGAGGGAGUUGUCGUCCAGAGAGAUGUCACGCGCAAAGGCAAGCUACCAGGAGAGCAUGACAACAGAGUCGCGGGCCCUCAGUUCCGGGGGGGGCGUAUGAGUCGGGGCCCCUUUAGGGGCCCAAUCUACUACGACGGUCCGGCCAGGCAGCAGAGGCCUCGAGGGGGCCAAAUGGGUGGGUUCAGGGGCCCUGGACCGGGACCUCGGGUCCGGUUCGAAGAUAACUAUGUAGAUGUAACUAUGAACAGUGGGAGCCCACAGGAUGGCAGCUCUCACCGCAGAUUCAACCCGUACAGAUGGCCGAAUCGGAGAGGCGAUGGACAAUUUGACCGAGACAGAAGAGGAGCUGGGGGCUACAGAGGAGAAGGUGGAGGAGGAAGAGAAGGAGGCGGAGGAGGAAAAGACAAGAGCAGUUGGUGCAAGAUGAUUAUUCCCUAUGGGAGGAAAUAUGACAAGAAAUGGCUGCUGACGGCUUUACAGAACCUGUGCUCUGUACCCUUCACACCUGUUCAGUACCAGAUUGAAGGCCAUAAAGCCCAGUUCUACCUCGAGGAUGCCUGCACAGCCAACGCACUGUGCAGAGUCUCUCGCCAAAUCACAGACACUGAGGGCUACAAGGUGAUAGUGCUGAUGAACCCCUGUCCUCCUCCCGCCAUCCUCAACACCCAACUGAAGCCUGAAGACAUGGAGCACUUAAAGCAAUGCAUGGCCAAGCGUUUUGAUGGGUCCCAGCGAGCACUGGACCUGAACAACAUCCGUACUGACCCAGACUUGGUGUCUCAGAACAUCAGGGCUAUCUUGAGCAGAAAGACCUUUAUGGAUGCUGUGGUCAAGAUCAUUGAGGAAAACAUCCCUGAGCUGGUGUGUCUGAACUUGAGCAAUAACAAGCUGUAUAAACUGGAAGAUGUGGCAGAUCUGAUAAGCAAGGCCCCACACCUGAAGAUCCUCAACCUCUCCCACAAUGAGUUGAAGUCAGAGAAGGAGCUGGAUAGGUUGAAGGGUUUGAAGCUGGUUGAGCUGUGGUUGGACCGUAACCCACUGUGUGACCAGUUCAAGGACCAGCUCACCUACAUCAGUGCUAUCAGGGAGAGGUUUCCCCGGCUACUCAAACUGGAUGGUCAUGACCUCCCCCCGCCGAUAGUGUUUGAAGUGGUAUCACCCACCACACCCCCCUGCAAGGGUAGCUACUUCGGUUCAGAAGAAAUCAAGGUCCUCAUCAUGCAUUUCCUGCAACAGUACUACAGUGUAUAUGACUCUGGGAACAGACAGCCUCUUCUAGAUGCCUACCAUGAUGGUGCCUCCUUCUCACUCAGCUUGCCCUCCAGUCAAAACCCAAACAGGUGUAGUUUGAGAGAGUACCAUAAAGACAGCCGUAACAUAAAGCGACUCAAAGAUCCAUCAACACGGUUCCGCCUACUGAAGCACACACGGCUAAACGUGGUGGCGUUGCUCAACGAGCUGCCUAAAACUCAGCAUGACUCUGCCUCCUUCAAUGUAGACGUCAACACUUACACGACCACGUUACUGUCCUUUACGGUCAGCGGCAUGUUCAAAGAAGUUGAUGGUAAAUCUCAAGACGUGGUUAGGGCCUUCUCUCGGGUCUUCAUUGCAGUUCCUGCAGGAAUUUCUGGUCUAUGCAUAGUGAAUGACGAGCUAUUUGUGCGCAUCGCUACAACGGAGGAGAUCCAGCAUGCGUUCGCUGCUACCGCCCCCACUCCCUCCAGCAGCCCAGUGCCCACCCUCACCGCCCCCCAGCAGGAGAUGCUCUCCGCCUUCUCCCUCAAGUCUGGCAUGAACCUUGAGUGGUCGCAGAAGUGUCUUCAGGACAAUGAGUGGGAUUUCAACAAAGCUGCACAGAUCUUCACACAAUUAAAAAUUGAAGGCAAGAUUCCAGAUGUCGCUUUUGUAAAGUGAAGUUGAAAGAAUACAUGCUGUUGAUACUGAAUAUUAGAUUUUCUGUUAAGAAUAACUAGAAUAGAAUUGUAUAUAUUUUAUGGGUUUUGGUUUUAUCCUUUUACUGAAGUAGAAAGAUAAUGUACACAAAGUUGACUUUCUGCUCCAUUGUUUUAGUAACAGUGUCAAGGUUGUUUGAAUGGAUGACUGAUGUUAUGAUAAAAUCUUGGUUAUUUUAACCUUAGUUUAAAGUCAUGUUUUCAUUGUAAUACAGUAAAAUAAAAAGCAAUUGGUUUUGAAUGUGUUCAA